AUGAUCGGUAGGUCAAGCUUGGACAGCCUUCGGAUGGGGUGAGUGAGCCAGACUCACACGAACGCUCUCUUCUCCUGAUCGAACAUUAGUCGUUGGCUUGACUGGGGGCAUUGCUUCCGGUACGUUGAAGCUGUGCCUGGUCGACCAAAAACGGCACAGUGGCUCAUUGCCAAAUUUCAUCUUCUAACCUGAACGCCAGGCAAAUCCACCGUAUCGCGCCUUUUGCAAAGCUCUCAAAUUCCAGUGAUUGAUCUGGAUGUGCUAGCUCGAGAAGUGGUAAGGCCUGAGGAUGCCUCUGGAACGCUUUCGAAGCUUGUCAAUGCCUUUGGGGAUUCCAUCCUGCAGCCUUCGGGAGAGCUGGAUAGGGCCGCGCUUGGAAGAAUAGCCUUUCCGGAUGAGAAGAAGCGCAAAAUCCUGAACAAGAUUACGCACACAGCCAUUAGGAAACGAAUGGCUUGGUUAUUGGUCAAGCAUUGGCUCACGGGCAGCAAACGCGUCGUCGUCGAUACGCCCCUAUUGAUCGAGGCUGGCCUGUGGAAGUUUUGUGGUCAGAUCAUGCUCGUUUGGUGGUGAGUCUGCGAGGCUGGCGCACCAUUUAGCCUCAUCCAUGCGCGAACCUUUGACUGGCCUGCCUGUCCACGCCUUUAGCUCUCCCUCCGAUCAACUCAGUCGCAUGCUCUCUCGCGAUGGACCUUCAGGAUUAACGCAGUCUGAUGCCGAGUCGCGUCUCAAAGCUCAACAUGCUCUCUCGAGCAAGCUGCCUUACGCAGAUGUCGUGCUCGACAACUCUUCCGCGCUCCAAGGCAGCGAGCAGACUGGCUCGACGCUAGGUGCCGACGACGUCUCUCCAGCUCUUCAAGAGCAAGUGCAAGCCUUGGUCAAGAGUUGGCAGAAGCAGCAGAGCACACUGUUUGGAAGCGUCUCUUGGCUAGCUUGUUGGAUCAUUCCCCCCGUGGGCAUCCUUGCUGGGGUGUGGGCGAUUUUUCGCUCCAGAGCACGCAUCGCCGCUAGGCGCAGGGCGGCGGACAUUAGCGAUGACGAGGCGAUCCAGCGCAGAAGCGCUAUACGGUUAGCCAAGAAGGACAACUGA